AUGGAUCUCGUUGCAACAACGACGAAGAAGGAUAGUGUGGAUGUCUGGAGACUGAAUGGGCAGAGAGUGUUUGGCGCCAAUUUCGCCAAACAGGAGUAUGAGGAGGAGGAUGGUGAGGUCAGAGAGGCCGAAGGAGAGAAGGAGAAAGACGCGAAUGUCAGAGGCGUUGUGUGGAGGAGGGACGGUCAAAUUCUCGCCGUCGCCUGCUCGGAUGGCACGAUAUCCCUCAUCAAUGCCUUUACAGGCAAGAUCGCACACCGCAUAUCCGCCCACAAGCAGCAGCCUCCACUUUCCCCGGCGUCAUCACAACAAUCUGGGUCUCGAUCUCAGCCGCACCCACGCCGACGAAGUUCCAGACUUCCCUCCCACACGCCCCUUCCCCCAACAGUCACCUCCAUUUCCUGGACGACGCACUUCGCUUACCCCUCGCCCAGUGCAGUCCGGUCUAAUCUGCCUACGCCAACCUCAACGUCACUCGAUCAAAUCCUCUCGCUCCGUGCCGAUGUGGAGAAACUACUGCAUCUCAAGGCUGACUUGCCCCACUACCUCAGCACCGUCGACAUUGAAACUUCUCUGCCUAAACUCGCGACAUUGCCGCCUACAGGAGGUGGCGUUGAUGACGAUGUCUUUAGUAGCAGGGGCAGUGUGGAUGUCAUCUUCCACGGUGGCGGAGAUGGUGAUCCGGGUGGGAAGGGAGGGGUGGAUGUUCUCAUGGUGGGCUUGAGUGACGAGAGUGGCUGCAAGGUGCAUCUGAGGAUCUUUGACGCUUUUGAGGUCGGGACGGUGGACGUGCGAGGUGUCCUGCCUGAGGGGGGACCCGCUAGGGUGGUGAGGAUCGAGAGUCACCCGUUCCUUUCGACCAUCUUCUUGGUGGUUGAGAUGGCGUCUGCCAACAGUGCAGGUGAUUCGUCAUUGCAUCUUCUCGGGCUGGAUUUGAGCUUCAUACCGCAGACUGGUCUGAACCUCGCGCUUGUGUCGAAGAAAGCGACCCAGCUGGGGAAUCUGCUGCGGUACAUCUCGCAGGUGCAGAUGCAAUUGGUUGCCGAGGUCAAAGCCGCGUUCGAUCUACCAACCAAGUUUCUGCGCAACGUCAACGAAAGCCUUGCUGAGGCCGAGGAGAGUGCGGAUUUUGUGUUUGCGGCGCAUCACCUCGCUGUGACGGGGGAUUGUGAUCCGAAAUUGAAGGAGUGGCUCGUCGACGAAGUUGGGGAACGGGGGCUCAAGCGAUGGGAGAAGGCGGUGGGCGACUGUUUCGAAGUGGUCAGAAGGAUGACAAGUGAGUGUCUUGUGCCGGCCCUGGAGAGAUGUCUUAUUGUGUUGUCGAGGCUGGAUGGGCUUGCGCGAUUUGGGCCGACGAGUAGCAAAUUGGGUCUGGACGAGAAAAGUAUAGCAAAAGUUACGGAGACGGUUGACUGCAUGGGGGUUCUUACCGAGGAUCUCUUGAUCGACGUGGAUUUGGAGAUGAGGGAAUUUGCGGCCUUUAUGAAGUGGUUGAAGUGGGAAUGCGAGGUCGAGGCUUUGGAGGAGGGGAGUGAACGGGCUGCCGAGUUGAGGGAGAGCUGGACGGGUGAAGGCGAGCUGAAGACGGUGCUGGAGUACGUCGUUGGCGCGAUGAAUGAAAGCCGGUUGAAAAAGUACUUGGUCAAGGAGGAGGAAGAGCAACCAGCUGGUGGUCCGGCCUCGUUCGACGAUGACCCGGAUAUAGGGUUCUUUGCUGAAUACAUCAAACGAAGAGUCCGUGGCAGGAAGCACAAGAAGAUGCCGACCUUGGGUGAUCUGGUUGGACGGAUGCAGAAACAAUGCGAGUCGGUGUUCUCGCAGAUUGCAGAGACUUUCCGGAAGAGCAUCCUCGAGAGCUAUCUGACGGCAUUGCCGCGGCAGUGCGAUGGCAGCAAGAUGGACAUCAAGGUCAUCCCCGAUCAGACCGACAUGGAUUUGUACCGCCUUAUCGCGCUAUCUGGAGACCGGCAAGACGAUCAUCGCGUUCUCCAGGUUGUGGUCACGCUACAGCAGAGUGCCGCAAAGACCUUCAAACACACGGUCAACACGUACACUCUUGCGAUUCCGGAUGCCCACGGGAUCCUGGACACGAAGUUUGUGGACGACAAGGAAUUUCUCAUACUUGUCGAGACGGCCUCGAAUGCGAGGAUCUACAGCCACGACAUUAUGGAUGAGGAUGACGAAGCUUUGGGAUGGCGCCAUGCCUUCGAAAACACCCAAAUGAAAGGCUUGAGACCUGCCAGACUCGAGGUCAAUGGGCGGGUUGGUAGGAGAGCGGUCGCCGUGCUUGACAGGGACGGUCUCGGCUAUGCCGUCUUCGAUCUCGAUGCUGAGGAUGAUGCUGCAGAGACGGACGGCGGAGGGGACUCGUUCAUGACUGGUUGA